AUAGAUGACCGGUUCAUUGUGCCCACACCUUUCAGCACGCCGUAUAAAGGGCGUUCAAUGCUCAGAGAAGCAGCAGUGAGCGUUCACAGUCGAGCUUUCAAGAGAGUCAGUCUGCUGUCUCCACGUUCAUCCCAGGGAUAUAAUCAGGCUCAGUCGAGCAAUAACAGGAAGAAGCGAUGGCAGUUCUCAGGGUUAUACUUAUUGCUGCCUUCAUGGUGACUGUAGCGCUGGCUAAACCGGUCAAUCUGAGCGAGGAUGAGGAUCAAUCCAACGAGUCCACUGAGGAAAACUCAUCAGAGGAGGACAGCAGCCCUGUUGGGCGUUCACAUCAUGGGUCCCUGCCGCCUGUGAACACCCCUGAUGUCAUAGUGUUGACUGGGCCAUCAGAGGGGGACAGCACCCCUGUUGGGGACUCACAUUAUGGGUCCCUGCCGCCUGUGAACACCCCUGAUGUCAUAGUGUUGCCUGGGCCAUCAGAGGAGGACAGCACCCGUGUUGGGGACUCACAUUAUGGGCCCCUGCCGCCUGUGAACACCCCUGAUGUCAUAGUGUUGACUGGGCCAUCAGAGGGGGACAGCACCCCUGUUGGGUCCCUGCCACCUGUUAACACCCCCGACAUCAUAGUGUUGACUGAACCACAGGGCACUGCAGACAUGUUCCUGUCUGUAGAUGGAACCAUUUCAACAAACAAUAUUUCAGUCCUGCCAGACCACAUAGACCCGCAAUCCUCCACUGACUCGGACACCACCAACAUUUUUCAGGACAUGCCUGUGACCGAUCCUACUCAGGACUCGACUAUUGGCGAUGUUCUCCCAGACUCCGAGGUCACUCUGCACGCAGGGCUUACAGAAACUCAUGAUGGCACAAACCAACCACAUGCCACCACCACAUACCAAGAACCCCCGCUUGGUACCACAGCCUCACCCAUGUCUAUCGCCAUGGCAACUGCAGAGACUACUGUUCCUGUCUGUAUCACUUUCCAGUUUGCUACCUCCGAGCCAGAUCAACCGAGAGGAGACAGCAUGCGACGCAAAUAACAGAAACAUUGGUUUAAAGUUUUUAUUAUUGUUGUACAUUAUACUCUAAACACUCUAAGUGUCUAUUUUAGCUCCACAUUUAGAGAGAGGUGAUCUGGUUUUAGUCAGAUGGUGCAUGUGUGAUGACUGCUAUAUCAUAUUAAGUGAACCCUCUCUGUACUCUCGGAGCUUUAAAAACUUACAGCUCUUCAUUUGUUAAUGUUGAUGAUGAUGUGUUCAUUUGAGCAGCUGAAAAAUAAAAGUGUGAUGUGAUUUA